GGGGACAGACGCCGGGACAGUCGCGGGGACAGACGCGGGGACAGAGCGCCGAUCUCCCUGCGGCCGAGCGAGCGCACGAUGCGCGGGCCGGGACGCCCCCUGCUCCUGGGGCUGCUGCUGGUGCUGGGGGCGGCGGGGCCCGGGGUCGCUGCGCCCCGGGAGGCGGCCGACGGACAGACCCUGCUGCGGCUCAUCGCGGAGAUCCUGCAGGAGCUCCGGAAGGGCCAGGCGGGCGAGGCCAAGAGGCUGCAGCUCGCGGGCCGCAGGGAGGCCUCGGACUCCGCGCUGGACCCCGAGGAGCAGCGAGUGGAAAUCGUCCCUCGAGAUCUGAGAAUGAAGGACAAGUUCCUAAAACAUCUCACAGGUCCUCUUUAUUUCAGUCCAAAGUGCAGCAAACACUUUCACAGACUGUACCACAACACCAGAGACUGCACCGUCCCUGCAUACUAUAAAAGAUGUGCCAGGCUUCUUACCCGGCUGGCUGUCAGUCCUAUGUGCUUGGAGGGAUAAGCCGUGAACAGAGGGCAGAGGGACGGCAGCCCGUGAACCAUGAGAAGUGCCUUGGGAACCAACAGGGGACAGAACCUACUACCUUCACGAACACAUCCCCUUGUGAACAAGAGAUUUAUUUUUGCAGACAGACUCUUCCAUAAUUCCUUUAACUUGAGUUGUGUAUGUCGACACUGUUGGCAGAUAUGUAUUCAGCAAAUCAGCGUACCUGACGUUAAUACUGGCCACUUGUGAUUUUGGAGAAAAGGAAGGAUCCACGCUUGAUGAGCAGGGCUACAAAGUGACAGAGAAAGCGAUUUCCUUUUCCUAAUUAGGUGAAAUCUCAAAGAAUAUUUCUUUAGAAACAUAAACAGAAUCCGAAACUAUAUUUUCAUACAGCAUAUGGUAUGAUUUAAUAUUUUUAUUACUUUUACAAUUAAAUUCCCAGAGUAUUAUUUGGAAUUGCAUGAAAACCCACAAAACAACGUGUCACGUUUUGGAGACAGUGGAGUGUAAAUCUGUGAACAUACCCAGGCUCAUUUCAUUUGUCCUUUGUACAAUAAAUGUAAGAUAGUAUCCAGAUAUUGUGCAAUAUGUAAAUACUGUAAAUGCUGAAACAAGUAAUAAACAGUGUUUAUUAUAAUGAAGUCUUAAAA